UCUCUUUCAUGCCAUGCUUGGCCACAAGGCUCCUGGAGACGCUGCUACACAUUACAGAGAACCGGGGAUGGAGGAGAGGCGGAGAGGGGUGGAAGAAAAAAGUUUCAUUUAAAGCUGGGAGAGAAACUUUCAACAUGAAGCCGCAACGUUUCACCUUAGAAAAACCUGCGCUAUAGGAAAAAAAAGAUAGAAUUCUCGUGGUUUUGUUUUUUCAUCCCUCAGCUUGUGUUUUCCCCUUCCCCCCGUUGUCAUUUUCUGCGCGCAAGACUGGUCGGGGCUUGCUGUCACUGUGCGCUGAGAUGUUGGAGUGACCAUGGCUGCGCAAGUGGCAUCGGCUCUGACCAGAACUAAUAAUAAAAAUAAGAAAUUAUCAGGCGCUUUGGCUCCGGAGCUGAAUUCUGGAAAAGCCGGGGGAGGAGGAGGGAACGCGCAGCGGAGCGGACAGAUGCUGGCAGCCGGCGAUGGAACUCUGAAUAAUGUAGAUCAUCACCGCAGAGGCGAGCUCGGCACCAUGGUCCAUUCAACUUCCUCUCCGGACGGCCACGACAAGGCCGGGAUUAACCUCUCGGCGUCCAAUUCAAACACUUCUCCAAUGGAAACGACUCUGACUGCGAACCACAAACUGAAAUGUGCGGGGAGCGCGGAUGCGCCUCAGUCUCAGCCGCCGCAGUUCGGCCAGUUUGCGCCACACCAACAGCGACAAAGUAACACUAACAACGGACAGGCCCCCCGCGGGGACAGAAGUGUGGAGCACCAGCAGCACGGUGGGAAGGAGAACCUGUUGGUGGGGCAGGAGGACUCCCAGCAACAUCACGGCCCGGGGAAAGGUGAGGGGGACCUCACCUGUAAACCCAUGGAGAGGAUGGUGGCCUCCAGGUUUGAAUCCAACUUGGGGCCCCCUACCAACAACUCUGAGUUUAAUAACAGCUAUUAUCCUUCAAGGCCGUGUUAUGACCAACAACAAAGCAGUGGGACGGGGGUUACGCACUCCGUGGAAAACUCCCACGAAGGGGGUUACCACAACAGCCAGUACGGCCAGUAUCCUGCGUACCGGGCGGGUUAUGGCGGCGGGGCCUACGGGAUGAUGGGCCCCUCCGGAUGCAGGCAGCCAGGCAACAUCAUGAUGGGCAGCAACUCCUCUGCGAGCCACGGCAAGUCCCCUGCCUCAGGUGGGUUUCAGAAGUACCCAGGGCAAGCCCAGCAUCAGCAGCAGGGGCCCUCAGGGGCCACGCCGACUCUCAAUCAGCUGCUUACGUCCCCAAGCCCAAUGAUGCGGGGUUACGGAGGUGCUUAUCAAGAUUUCGGGGCACCGACCCCUCAACAGCAGGCAGGCAUGGCGUUGGGGAAGGACGUGACCCCCCACUAUGGAACCAGCACUGCGCACUGGGGAGCGCAGCAGCGGAACCACCCGCUCUCCAUGAACGCAGGGAGCGGAGGGCAUGGCCUCAGCAGAACACAGGUUCCCGCCAUGGACUUCAUUGGUAUGAAGCGCUCACAGAUGUAUGGAAUGACAAACAAUCCAUACUCCAGUCCCCAACAGCCAGGGGGUGCGAGCUACCCCUCAAGCCAGCCAUAUGCAUCACCUUCUCCACAUCGAUAUCCAUUGAGCAUGCAGGGGAGGAGCCAAUUGGGGAUGACUGGCAUGCAAUACCCUCAACAGCAGCAAGUUGCACCAUAUGGGCAGCAGUCGAUGGGGGGAUUCAGCAGGGAGCAGCAGGGAGGGCAGCAGGGAACCCCUCCGUAUUUCAGUCCUCCUCAACAAACUCCCACAGGCCCAUCCCAGAGUUCCUUCCUGCAACCUCGACCCCUUCCACAGCAGGAUGCUCAGCAAGAAAACUACAACAUUAGAGGACCUGUUCAAGGGAACUCUGGAAAGACCAACAAUGAGGAUGGAGUUCCUCAGGACCGCCCUUCCAGUCUGCCGGAUCUCUCUGGCUCAAUUGAUGACCUCCCUACAGGGACAGAGGCCAGACUGGGCUCGGCAGUCGGUGCUGGUGGAUCCUCCAAUGGCAGCAGUAGUAGUAGUAGUAGCCAAGGGGAGCCAGGAGGCGCCAGUAACCAGAGGCAGUCCCCCUUUUCUCCACACGCCUCACCUCACCUCUCUGGCCAGAGGAGUGGGCUCUCUCCCUCUCCAGUGGGAUCCCCUGUGGGCUCCACUCAGUCCCAGCAGUCUCGUUCAGGCUCAGGACCAAUUUCUCCUGCCAGUGGACCCCCUGCUAACACCACAGCUCCAGGUCCAGCUGUGGCCCCACUGAGCUCUGGAAAUGGACCAGAUGCAUCCCAUCUGCCAGUCACACGCUCCCCCAUGACUCAGGAGAGAGGUUUCAUGUCCAACAUGCAAAGGAACCAGCCUGGAUCCCAGUUUGCACCUCCCCAGUCCGGACCUCCUAUGUCUCCCCACCCCUCACAGGGGGGAUCAAUGUAUCCCAGCAUGGGUCCGUAUUCACAGAGUGGCCCCACGGGUCCCUAUGGACCUCAAGGACCUCAGUACGGACACCAAGGUAACUACCCUCGCCCCUCUAACUACAUCGGAUCAACAGGAAGCAGCUACAGCGGUCAUUGCAACAGUAUGGGUAUGAAUGCUACUAGCCCAAUGCAUGGUCAAGGCCCUGGAGGAAGGAGCCACGGCCCUGGAGGCCAGAACAGGACCUACCCAGUUAUGGGUCCCACUUCUCCCAGCAUGCCACAACCAGCUGGGCCAGGAAUGGGUCCUCCAUCUAAUCGCAAGCCACAGGAAGGAGUGGUAGCCAACUCCGUUCACAACAGGCAGGGAAGCUACCAAGGCCCUGGCAUCAAUCAGGUGAGCGCUGGCUCCUACAGUCAGCCAACAAGUAACAACAGUUCGACCACAGGAAACGGCCAAGGUCCCGGUUACGGUACCCCGCCUUCAGGAGCAAUGGGCCUCUCAGGAGAAAGCAUAAUGAGCCCAGAAAAUAAACUGAGAUUGGAUGUCAAAGAUGACAGCGGCCAAAACAACGAACCACACAAACCAAAGCUGCAGGAUGGUUACAUGAACAAUAACAACAGCAGUGUGUCCCAGCCAGCUACUCCAGGCAGCACCCUGCCCGUACCCUCCCCUCUUUCACCCAGUCCUGCCAGCCUGUCUUCCUACCACGGAGAUGACAGCGAUAGCAUCAGUAGUCCACCUUGGCCUCUGAAGACCCCCUCCAGUCCCAAAGCCACUCCUAACUCCUCCAUCAGUGGGGAGCGAGUCAGCCGACUCUAUGACCUUGGUUCAGAGCCAGAAAGGAGAUCUUGGGUGGAGCGCUACCUAACCUUCAUGGAGGAACGGGGAACGCCUGUUUCACAGCUCCCUGUUGUGGGAAAGAAGCCGCUGGAUCUCUGGAAGCUGUAUGUUGCUGUUCGGGAUAUCGGAGGCCUUGCUAUGGUGAACAAGAACAAGAAGUGGCGCGAGCUGUCCGGCACCCUGAAUGUCGGUACAUCCAGCAGCUCUGCCAGCACGCUGAAGAAGCAGUACAUCCAGUAUCUGUUUGCCUAUGAGUGUAAAAUGGAGAGAGGAGAGGAGCCGCCAACAGACAGCAACAGCGGCGGCAGCUUGACUGAAGGGGACAGCAGGAAGCAGGUCAAGAUCCAGCCGCCCUCGCCAGCCAACUCAGGUGGCUCCCUCCAAGGUCCACAGACGCCUCAGUCAUCUGGCAGCAGCUCUGCAGCAGAGACAGCAGGUGACCUGAAACCCCCUACACCAGCCACCACCCCACUGGGACAAGUCACUCCACUGCCCCCCAACAGGAGCAGUGUAAGCGUGCAGGACCCCUUCUCUGAGGUGAGCGACCCAGCCUUUCAGAAGCGAACAGGCAGCCUGCCCCCCUCAGCUCCGUACCAGCAGGCCCUCGGCAUGCCUGACAUGAUGAUGAGGAUGCAGUAUGAUGCUAAGGACCCCUUCGCAGGGAUGAGGAAGAUGGCAGGAGCUGAUCCAUAUAUACCAAGCCAGAUGUCCAGUGGAGGUAUGCAGGACUUGUACAGUCGGGCCCCAUCAGGCCUGAGCAUGAGCCAGCGCUCCCAGUAUCCAUAUGGACCAGGCUAUGACCGCAGACCUGACCAUAUGAUGGGGAUGGAGGGAACCAUGGGGCCUCCUGGAGGUCAAAACAACAUGGGACACUCGAAUAGUGAAGGCAACAUUUAUUCUCCCAGCAGAUACUCUUCACAGCAGAGACAUGACGGCUAUGGGCAGCAGUAUCCCAGCAUGCCGUAUGGGAUGCAUCCAUCUGGGAUGUACCCACAGCAACAGGGCUACAAGCGACAGUUGGAUGGAAUGUACGGUCCCCCGCCCAAAAGACAUGAGACUGAAAUGUACGCCAUGCAGUACACCAACCAGCAGCCAGAUGUGUACAAUCACUACGGGGGUGGGUACUCAGGCCCUGAGUCUAGACCCAUCCAAGGACAGUUCCCUUACCCCUACCAUCGAGACCGAAUGGCUCCAUCUGGCCAGAACCAGCACAGUAUGAUGGGUGGGGGGCCAACCUCUAACCAUGCUGCUGAGGGACCAAACAUGUGGCCUUCGAGAACAGAUCUAAGCUAUCCCUACCACGGCAGACAGGGGCCAACGUCCCAAAUGCAGCCGUAUGGCUCUGUCUGCAGGGAUGACAUGGAAGGUCGCUCCGCACAGGACCAGUGGCACCGUCAGCUUCCCUACAUGUCAUCCUCAGGCGGCAUGGCCUCCAUGUCAUCACGCCAUUCAUCCUAUUCCAACCCUCCAUCCAUGACCAACCACUUGCCUCGAGCGCCCAGCCCAGGGGCCUUUCAGCGCUCGAUGGAAUCUCGAAUGUCACCCAGUAAAGCCCCUUUCAUGUCCCCCAUGAAGAUGCCUAAGCCAGGGAUGGCCAUGAUGGGCUCACAAGCCAGUGGACCAAUGUGUCAGUUUCCUCCUCAUCUGAGGAGGGACCUUAACUACCCUCCAGGGUCAGUAGAAGCCACAAUGCCAAUCCUCAAGCCAAAACGCAAGCUCACAUCAAAGGACUGUGGGACGCCUGAAGCCUGGCGCGUUAUGAUGUCUCUGAAGUCCGGCCUACUGGCAGAAAGCACAUGGGCUUUAGACACCAUCAACAUCCUGCUGUAUGAUGACAGUACAGUGGCCUCCUUCAAUCUUUCUCAGCUGCCAGGAUUCCUUGAGUUAAUCGUUGAGCACUUCCGACGCUGCCUGAUUGAGAUUUUCGGAAUCUUGGAAGAAUUUGAGGUUCGCACAAUAAUUCCCAAAAGCCAACUAGAUACUGGUUCAAUGCAAAAUGAAGACACUACCCAUGACAAGGAAGCAGACUCUGCAAUCCUAACUGGACCUAAAACAUCUCCAGCAGCAGAAAUUCAGGAGAAGCAAACAGGCGAUACAGAUGAGAAAAGACUACCUGUCACUGAAGAGAAGGCUGAGGUGCGGAAUAGGAAGCAGGAUCCCAAUACAACCAAGAAUAAAGAGAACCUGAAUAAAGAGCAAGAAGGAAAAGAAUUGGAAGUAGUGGACGCACAUGAAAUUAAAAAAGAAUUUCCAGGUGGGCUUCCAGCGGUUUCAGAAUCCAAACCUAAACAAGCCAGUAAAUAUGAUAAACUCCCAAUCAAGAUUGUGCACAAAGAUGACAUGAUUGAAGACAUAACGGAGCGCUUGGGGUAUGUCUCUGAGUUUGACAGUGGGCUGUUACACUGGCAGGCGGGUGGAGGUGACUCCACUGCACACAUUCAGACACACUUUGAACUGCGAACUGAUCCCUCAGCCAGGGAUGGUACAAGAACAUUGGAUGAAAGCCAAGCAGAAAACAAGAUAAAAGAGGGAAACAGGAAACCACUGAAACAUAUCACUGCAACUAUUGACGAUGUUUUGUGUGCCAGGGUUGACGCCCUGUCAUAUGCCCACCCUGCUCGAUCAUUGCCAUCUUACCCAUUCAGGGUACAUCUGGACGGAGAGGAUGACCAUAUUACCCUUCUGGAGGAUGAACCUCGGUGCCUGGACGAAGCUCCACUCUGCACAACUUCCUCCUGGCAGGACUCUCUCUCUAAGAGGUGCCUUUGUGUUUCCAACAUCGUCCGGAGUCUGUCCUUUAUCCCUGGGAACGACAUGGAAAUGUCUCACCAUCCUGCCCUCGUUCUCCUCCUGGGCAGGCUGCUUUUGCUGCACCACGUUCACCCAGAGAGGAACCGGUCAGCACCAAGCUACCAGAGGGACGUACAACAGGAGCAGGGACUGUCUAGUGGCAAACAGGAGUGGUGGUGGGAGUGCCUGUGUCUGCUCAGGGAGAAUGCCAUGGUCACACUUGCCAAUGUUGCAGGACACCUUGAUCUAUCAACCUAUUCGGACACCAUUUGCCUCCCAAUCCUGGAUGGCCUUCUUCACUGGAUGGUUUGUCCCUCAGCUGAAGCCCAGGACCCGUUCCCGUCAGGAGCUCCGCACUCUCAGCUCACUCCCCAGAGGCUGGUGCUGGAAUGCCUCUGCAAGCUUAGCAUCCAGGAUGGCAACGUGGACCUCUUACUGGCCACGCCACCUUUCAGCAGACAGGAAAAACUCUUUGCUGUCUUGGUCCGAUAUGUUGGUCAGAGGAAGGCGCAGGUGUACAGAGAGAUGGCGGUGGCUGUUAUCUCACACCUGGCACAGGGAGACCCCACUGCAGCACGAGCCAUCGCCUUGCAGAAGGCUAGUGUGGGUAACCUGGUAGCCUUCUUGGAGGAUGGUGUCAGUAUGGCGCAGUACCAGCAGAACCCUCACAGUUUGCUACACAUGGGACCCCCUCCAAUGGACCCACCCAGUGUAAACAUGAUGUGCCGGGCAGCUAAGGGUCUGUUGGCCAUGGCUAAAGUGGAAGAGAACAAGAAAGAGUUUGUACUGUACGAAAGCAGAUUAUUAGACAUCUCCAUAUCCUCAGUGCUCAACACAGGAGUGGUCGCCAUUGUUUGCCAAGUUCUCUUUCACUUAGGAAAAUUAUGACAGGACUCAGAUGGCACACAGUACGGCUGAAGAGAUAUCUGUGGUUUUCUAUUUUUAUUUAUCAAAAUGACAGAACAUGUUUGUGGGAUUUUUUUUAAAAAGAAAUAUCUGCAUUAAUUGUGUCUAUAUAUGUAUAGCCUCUGAGCCCUGUUGAAGAAAAACAGGUUAGGGACAUGAAAGGUCAUUUUAAUACAAAUAUUUAAUACCUGCUGGUGAUUGAUGAUUUAUUUUUGUUUUUCUGUUGUUUACCUUUUCAGCCAAAGCUGCCACCAGAUGUUGGUGCUGAAAUGCAUGUUUCUUUGAAAGUUAAUGAGCUUUUUUUUUUUUCAGUUUUAUAAAUAUGAACAUGCUCCUCAACAUUUUUGUUGAUAAAAAAAAAAUAUUUAUUUAAGACGUGACACUGUACAGUUGUUUGAACAUUUUUGCCAACAGCUGUGUGGAGGAAGGGCAGGGGGGAAAUCAAAACAUAAACUUUUAAAAUUGAGAUGCUUUUCUCUUCGUCGCUGGAAGAUAAAUUGUGCAAUAGGACCAGAGCAAGUUGUCUCUUUCUUUUUUGAAAAAUGGGAGGAUGUGAAAGUUCAAGUAGCUGCAGUGCAAGCUUCAGGCCAUGGUGAGGCAGCAUUGCACCAGCCAAAUAACAAAGGAGCUUAGCAUCUGUCACAAACACACUUUCUAAUUUAUCAGUCAUAGCCUCAAUGAUUUCACUGAUGAUCUUUGUGUUUAGCCAAACAUGUGUGUUAUGUCUGUGUUUAUCAUCAGUGUGUAUUUAAAACUUUGUGCAAUGGACGCACACGACUCUUUUGGUCUCUAUCGUGCAUCAAGGCAGAGGGGGGUUUCAGGCUAUUAUAACAAAUUAUUUUAUUGUUGUUCAAAUUUCUUAAUGUUAUUAUACAUAUUUUGUUUAUUGGGUCAGAUAUUUGAACAUCCCAGAUGUACCCAAUGUUUCAAUGUAAAAAAAAAAAUAAAAAAGAAUCUUGUAUGCAUUGUAUUAUAGCUGAGAAAACAAUCGCUUUGGUAAUUAAAAUGUGAAAGUGCCAAGGUGAGAGAAUAACUACCACUACAUAAAAAACAGAACGUAUUUCUUUUUGUUCUCCAUUCACAUUAAUGGAAAUAUUUUUUAACUUUACAAAAAAAAAUAAAAACCCACAUGAAAAGAAUUGUCAAAAGAAUAUCCUGAGAGCUCAUUGUAAAAUUUGCCUUUUUUCAUAUGACUUCUUGUCUUUUCCUUCUGUAAACACAUUUAUACUCUGUGCUGCACAUGUCACAAAUAAAUGUAUGAUCGUUAAGCACUGGAGACGUUGCAUUAUGUCCUGACAAUCUUAGGCCAAUAAACAGAAAUCGACUGCUUA